AUGCCGCCCAUGAAUAUUGAUUUCAGUCGCCGCAACAAGGCGCCCCGCCCUCUAAGCGACGAUGAGCGCGCGCGCCUUGAAGAAUUCAUCGACUCGAUCCACUACUCUGCUCGCUACUCGGACAGCGAAUACGAAUACCGUCAUGUUCAGCUGCCGAAAGCUAUGCUGAAGGCCAUUCCUAAGGACUACCACGACCCAUCCAAAGGCACAUUGAAGCUACUGUGGGAAGACGAGUGGCGUGCUAUCGGUAUUACCCAGAGCCUAGGCUGGGAACACUAUGAAGUCCACGAACCAGAGCCGCACAUCUUACUAUUCAAGCGACCUCUCAAUUAUCAAGCACCUCAGUGA